GUCCCCCUCCGGAAGUGAUGUAAUGUUGUUAUUAUUCCAGGAAGAGGGCAAGGGAAAGCACUGAACUGCGUCAACAAUUGUUUUUAUGACACAUUUGGAUUUUGGACGCUGUUAAACAUGGCAACUUGCCACUGCUGAGUGAUUUAUGGCACUGUUCCUGGAGAGGACUUUAUUAGGCAACAAUAUGGACACAUCAAACUUUGCCCACGUCAUCUUCCAAAAUGUGGGGAAGAGUUAUCUGCCCCAUGCUGCACUGGAGUGUCAUUAUACCCUGACGCAGUUCAUUAAACCCCACCCAAAGGACUGGGUUGGCAUAUUCAAGGUCGGUUGGAGCACAGCGAGGGACUAUUACACAUUCUUGUGGUCGCCUCUCCCUGAGAACUAUGUGGAAGGCACCGCAGUCAACAGAACAGUGGUCUUUCAGGGAUAUUAUGUACCCAACGACGAUGGUGAGUUCUACCAGUUCUGCUAUGUGACCCACAAAGGCGAGAUCCGAGGUGCCAGUACGCCGUUCCAGUUCCGUGCCAACAGCCCCACAGAGGAGGAGCUACUGACGGUGGAAGAUGAAUGUAACUCUGACAUCCUGGUGGUCACCACCAAGGCUGGAUUCCUUGAGCAAAAGAUGGAAGAAGCUCAGAGAGAGAAAGAUGAGCUGGUGAAAAACAUGGCCCUCCUGCAGAAGGAGAAAGAGCAGCUGGAAGCUGAGAAGGAGGGUUUGGUGAAGGAGUGCGAGCAGGAGAAAGAGACCUGUGUCCAACUGAGAAGAGAGAAUCAAGACAUACAGAGUUCCUCCCAGGCCCUGCAAGAGGAGAAAGAAGAGGUCAAGAGGAGACUUGAGGAGGCCACAUCCAGAGUUUUACAGCUGGAAGAGGAUCUGAUUGGAGUCACCCAGAAGGGCUUACAAAAGGAAACUGAGUUGGACAGUCUCAGAGAUAGGGUGAAGAAACUUACAAUGGAGAAGGAUGCAUUUGAGUCUCAUCUGAAGAAUGAGAAAGAUGAGAAGGAACUAUACAAGAUUCACCUGAAAAAUCGUGAGCUGGAGAACACAAAGCUGAGUGCAGAACUGCAGUUGCUGAAGUCUGUGGAUGUAAACAAGGAAAACACAAUUGCCCAGUUCAAAGAGGAGGUGGGACGUCUGCAGGCAUGUCUCACUGAGAAGGAAAAUCAGUACAGAGAGAUCUUGGCCAAAGUUUCACCCAUGGGAGAUAUGAAAGCCCUGAAGGAGCAGGUACGUCAGAAGGAGGAACAGCUUCAAGCCAACCAGCAGCAGUCAGCUUUGUUGGCUGCUGAGUUGAGAGAUGCUUCUAGUAUCCGUGACCGUACCAUGUCUGAACUGUACCACAUGAAGGUGGAGGCCGACGCCCUUCGUCAGGCCAAAGCUGAUGCUCAGACUAAGUGUGCCUGCUUAGAGCGCAUGGUAGAGCAAAUGAAGGCAGAGGCCAAACUGGAAGCUCAGGCCAAAGCUGAGGAAGACAACACUGCAGAUCCAGCUGUUCUAGCAGAGCUGCAGAGGGAGGUGGAGGACCUGAAGCUGCGGCUGCACAUGGCUGCAGAACACUACAAGGAGAAAUACAAGGAGUGUCAGCGACUGCAAAAACAAGUGCUCAGGCUCUCUGAACAGCAAGGGGAACUGAAGAAAAGCUCAGCACAAGAAGCUACAACAAUCCCAGCAUCAGUGAGCCCAGACACAUCUGUCCCAGGAAGUCCUGGUUCAGCUGAUCCCAUGCUGGAAGCCAUCAUCCAGGAGAAGCUCAAAGGCAUUAGCAGAGAGGCGUCUGACAGGAAUGACAAGUACAGGAAAUGCAAGCAGAUGUUAAUGGAGGAAAAGGAACGUAGCUGCAUGUUUGCUGAUGAGUUGGCCAAGAUGGAAGUGAAGUUUAAGGAACAACUGAAGACCAAUGAAAACCUGAAGCUGCAGCUGGCAGCAGAGGAGGACCGGUGCAAGAGCCAGGUAGCUGAGAAGGGACGGGAGCUGAAGGAGCUGAAGGACACACUAGCCCUUGUUGUGAAAGAGAAGGAAAAACUGGAGGGGGACCUCCAGAAGGGUAGCAGCAGCAGCAGCAGGAAAGGGGAUCAGGCGGCUGGUGAGAAAACCAGUCUGGAGAGCAUCCAGUCCAGUGUGCCUUUAUUCCUGCAGUACCCAGUCCCUUACACCCAGGAUGCCCCCACCCCUCUGCUGGUGUCGCAGAGCCCCACCAAGCUGCAUUUUGGGAACCCCUACUCCAUCUCUGACUCAAAAGAUGAGGCAGAUGAAGAGUUCUCCGAUGACCAGCUUCUUCGCCUGCCCCCAGUGGGUCCUCCCUCAUGGGACAGUAAUGUGGUGUGUAUCCAGCCCACCCGCAACCACAGCCGCCCUGAAGGCCACGAGGAGUCAGGAGAAAAACAAAAUAACAACAACAAUGGUAAUUCCAAUGAACAGCCCACAGCCACUGAAACUCACAGCCCAUUUGCAAACGAUGGACAAACUGCCUUUUGCUUUGAUCCCAGCAUGGACAUGAAACGAUGUCCACUGUGUGAAGUCAUCUUCCCACCCAACUACGAUCAGAGCAAGUUUGAGGAGCAUGUGGAGAGCCACUGGAAAAUCUGCCCCAUGUGCAGCGAGCAGUUCCCGCUGGACUGCGACCAGAAGGUGUUUGAGAAUCAUGUGCUUACUCACUUCGAUGGCCAUCCGCUCAACUUCGACUAGACAAACAGAAAAUCAGCACAUCCAGUCUGCCUAUUUCCCGUCACCACCGAAAUAAAUCACUGCACUCUUUUCUGCAUGUAAUGAUGUGAAGAUCUACUCCUUAGGACUAUACUGACUAUCGCUUUGUUACUUCAAUUUAGAGAAACACUUUGAAGUGAUGUGACUAAAAAUGACCUUCUAAUUCAGUGUAUAUUGCAGGGCUACUAAAUCAGUUUGCAAGUUUUUAUAGGUGAAAGAUUUCCCUUCGUUUAGAUUUGAACAAUAAUUUAGGGGGAAAAGACUGUUGUACGUAUACAUUGACUUUAAAUUGACUUACAGUUCUGAGACUACAGGAACGAAUCAGGGAAAAGAGAUAAGUGUUUACCAAACUUACAUUUGAACCAUCCAACCAAAUGCUUCCCCUUGAAACAUCACUGUACAAGUUAUUUGUUCGUUCUUUCUAGAAAGCAGCCUUGAUGCACUGUAUGCAGUCAGGGAGAAUCCUUAACGUGAUUACAUUAAGACAUGAUUAUACAGUAUAUCAUCAGAUCAUCUAUUUUAGAAUAAUUAAAGCCAAUGAUAUCGUGAAAGCCUUGAUACUAUGUGUAUGAUAGGUUUGUUUUAUGUAAGGUUUCCUUUGUUUUGAUUUUUGUAUAUUUAAGUGGCUUUUCUUUGUGUCAGAAUCCUAAAAUCUUUCAUAUCAUUAGCUUAUCAAUCAGUGCAUGCCGAGCUUAUUUUGACUUUUCUCCUUCUGUUCUAUUUUAACUAAUUAAGUUAUUUUAUUCAUAGAAAUGUUUCAUUUGUUAAGUGAGUUUCAUGUAUCUAAUACAAACUAAUAAAGUCUGUUUGAACCCGA